AUGCCAACAGUCUACGAACAACUGCUGAACUGCAGCGGCUGCAAUGACGCUGUCCUCAUCAAAGACCCAUCUGCCAGCUAUUCCAUGGUCGCACACACCGGCCCGGUGGGGAUAGUGAUACGGCAUCAGUCAGAAGAGACUAUGGCAGGUGUCUCGUGGCUAGAUAUUUUCCCGUUCACCGCCAAGCAUCCGCUCAGCAACUCGCCGCAUGUAUCGGGUGUGGAGCAGCAGGACAUAUCCAGGCAUUCGAUAUGCAUGGAGAACUGCACCACCCCGGAGAGCAGGCGCGAUAUCGCGAAGGCAUGGGGCUUGCACUGGUGGGGCUUCGAGCAGCACUUCGAGACCAUCGCCGCGUGGACGGGCUCGACGCUCGGGGUCUGCCCCUGCGAAUGCCACAGCCACAAGCGGCCCGUCGAGGAACUCGAACCCAAACACGCAGAUGCCGGCUGCGAAGGCGGCGGGGUUUCCUUUGAGGACGACGACUGCGGCUCGGUAAUCACCACCGCCCCGCUGGUGUGUGGCCAGGAAAGCGGACGGUGCCCCCGGAAGCCAAGAGCUCGGGUCCCCCGGCGAGGUGGUGACUUUCCCCCAGGGUGGCCCGAGGAGGGGCGUGACCGGGCGAGGAGUGAGGAGGUCCGGUACACGGAUUUGUUCAUUCUGGAGUGGCGGGAACGGUGCUUCCGAGAGGAGAUCCGACGAGAGACCGUCCGCUGA